CUAAUGAAGGGAGUGGAUGUAGAUAAAAUAGAGGAGCCACACGAUUUCUAUUAGAAAAAUUUUAGAGUAUUAUUUUUUUCAACAAGCAUAAGGGUGUUUGGAUGUCAAAUUAGAGUCGUUUUUUGUAUUUUUGCAGAAGUGCCAGUAGCAGUCUCGCUGGAGUUCCUGGUUUGCUGACAGCGUUGCAGCUUUUGGAGUGUAAUUGUGUGUCUGAACUCCUCCUCUGGUCGGUCUGGUCGCUGGAGGUUGAAGUCACUGGCAGGCAGUCUUCAGGACAGGACACAACUAGGUAAAGCUGGCCAGGAGACGCUCAAGAGGAAAAGAAGGCCAUGUUGCAGCUAAGAUCUCGCUUGUGGACGUUGAGGGAAGCCUGCUGAUACAGUCCAGCGGGCUUGUAGGUAUUGUCAAGCUGAAAGGUUAAAGUAGCGUCAUUAUUUUUAGAUCACUUCUGUUUGAGGUACACAAAAAUGUCGUCUCCAAGUCCGGGAAAGAGGCGAAUGGACACUGACGUGGUGAAACUCAUCGAGAGCAAACACGAAGUUACCAUCCUGAGUGGACUCAAUGAGUUUGUUGUAAAGUUUCACGGCCCGCCUGGAACACCGUACGAAGGUGGCGUGUGGAAAGUUCGGGUGGACCUACCAGAUAAAUACCCCUUCAAAUCACCAUCAAUAGGAUUCAUGAAUAAAAUCUUUCAUCCUAACAUCGAUGAAGCGUCAGGAACAGUGUGUUUAGACGUCAUUAACCAGACAUGGACAGCUCUGUAUGACCUCACCAACAUCUUUGAGUCGUUCCUCCCCCAGCUGCUGGCCUACCCCAACCCCAUCGAUCCUCUAAAUGGUGACGCUGCUGCCAUGUAUCUGCACCGGCCAGAGGACUAUAAACACAAGAUCAACGAGUACAUCCAGAAAUACGCCACAGAGGAGGCUCUAAAGGAGCAGGAGGUCGGCGGGGGUGACUCCUCCUCUGAGAGCUCCAUGUCAGACUUUUCGGAGGACGAGGCUCAGGACAUGGAGUUGUAGUGAGGGUUGUCCUCACACUCACAGCAGACUAAAGAGCAGAAACUCACUACUAUAUUCGUACUUGAACAAGACAAUUUUUUUACAGCAACACAACAAUUUUUAUUGCCACACAAGGUUUUUGGCAGUUUGAAAAAUAAACUCAUGUUUAGGAGUUCACCACCGUCUGCCCAGAGACUGCCUGGAUCAGAACGGCGUGCUUUCAUUGCCCUUCUUCCUCAAUAUUAUUUUCAUGUUUUCAGUUAAAGUCUCACACGGCUCUAAACCAACAGAGUGUCACCGACUCAGUUUCCCCUCAUCGUGCCAUCUUUAUUUUUCCCCAGCUGAUUUUUGCUCUCAGUUGGCAUCUUUCCCUCGCUGUCAGCAGGAUGAUGGCCCACAACAUCUGAGCAGAUUAAUAUUAGUAAAACCCCUAAUUUUUCUGCCACCCUGAAGAGCUGCCAUUACUGUCAUCACCAUCAUAGGAUUGAAGAGCAGAAGGCUGCAGUGUGUUCAGUCUGCAAACUAGAAAUGGUUGCUCUAACAAGACUGCACUCAGUGCUGAGCUGCAGACACAUCACACACUGUCCAGUAACGUUAGCCAUGAUUGUGUGUGUGUGUAUGCAUGAUAACCUGGAGAAUGGCUCAUAAUUAUCCCUCUGUUGUUCAGUGCCCUCUUCUUCCUCCUCUUCCUCUGUUUUAGGAAAAGGUUGGCCAUGCUCUGAGUAUCGUGUAUUGCGGCGUGACACAGAAGUAAAGUUAUUGUGGGCCUUUGUGGAGCUGUAUUGCUAUGUGUCGGGCGGGGUUUGGUCAGGAUUGUUGUCCAACUUUAAAACUUUGCCUCUUGCUUGUGUUGAACUAUAAUAGGUGUCUGACUUGCAUAGGGAUAGCUGGUUAUUUAUUUAUUUUUUGCAGGUGGUGGAUCCUCACUGUAUGGUUUAAUACUUCUUUAACACACAAGUUCAAAGUAAGUUUUUCCUGUAAAACGUGUGGAGUUGCGCAUUUUUUGAUUGAUUCCUUUAAAUCUUUGCUGUUCUGCACCUCCUUUUGUUACCAUGUCCAUCGCACACAAAAGCUUUUCUCGUGAUGGUCUGUUCUUUUUCUGAAAUAUUAGAACCAACAUGUGACCGAUCCAACACAGCUGAGGAGGCAAAUGAUCAACUUUCACCAUAAAACUCAAAUUUGUGACAGUUUUUGUUUCAGCUUUAGCUCCGUUGGAGGGAACUGAACAUCAGUUGUCCUGAUGUACUCGUGAAGGUUUGCUGAUGAUUCUGAUGAGGAAACACUGAUCAGUGUUUUAGGGAAGGCCUGAAACUUUCUUGUAACAUGCAUUUGUUGCAUUUUUUUUAAAAACAAACAUUGAAAAAUUCAAAUGGAUCAUUAGAAACUGUUUGCAAAACAUUGAUUAUAACCAAAAACUGAGUGAAUAAUCCCUUUACAGAACAUGUUGGUUUGUUUUAGACCUGUGAAUGCACCGUAACCUUCAUGAUAAUCUGAUUUAGAAGUUGUAUUUUUUUUGACAUAAAAGUGUAUUAAACAGCAUCAGUCAGAUGGCAGUGAUUAGCCUUUGUACCAAAUAUGCUACAUGUUGAUAUUAGCCUUAGGACAACGCCAUGUCAGUCUAAAGCACACAGACCAGCCUUGUUUGCCAUCAUAUGGGUUCAAAACAUUUUUUUUAUUUACACAUCACAUAUAUUUGAUACAUAUAAUUUGUCUAAAUGUUUUUACAUUUGUCUUUUAAGCCCUGCGGGCAGGAAACAGAUCAAGAUGUUCCUAAUUUUUAAAAGGCAAAAAAAUCAAUAAAUGUGCUUCCCUUGUAACUUGAAGGCAGAAAUAAACAAAAAAAAUCUG